AUGGAACAUUCUCUUUUAACAUAUUUCCAACAGCUUUCCCUCAGUCAAAUCAAUCAAAGACCACCAACAAACAUCACAGACCUUAUGUUACCAAUCCUUGAUAUCGAUAUGCUCCACGAGAGCCAAGAAUACAAUUCCUCUCAUGAUACUCCUGCCUGCAAAGAAGUUGUUUCAACUGAAGGGGAGAACGAUGACCUAGAUUAUGAAGAUUCCACGAACGAAUUAUACGUUACCCCAUCAAAUUUUGAGACGACCGUCAGCGAUCCCUAUAUUUCGACCUUCAUUGACGAACUAUUACAAGAUGAAAACGAUGGGUUCGUACCUCAUCGCGGCAACCAUAUUCAACCGGCCUCACAAAACAUUGCUCACAUUGUGGAAUGGUGGUUAACAGAAAAAUUGUCGCAUACUGGCGAAACAAUUCCCAUUUUAGAGGAGUCCCCCCAGACUUCCGCUGAAAGCAUAAUAUUCAAGAUAAGAGAGGUUGCUUCUGCGUUAAACGGCAUGGCCAAAGUUCUUAUAAAUAUUCGAGCUGGACAUGUUUAUUCAUUACACAUGAUUGGGGACGAGAUUGUAAUGGCGCCAAACUAUGAACGAUUCUUUCAACAGUUCCCACUAUUCGUAAACGUAUCGAUCAAAGUACAAGAGCACUUGCCAUCAGCACGGCACAACACAUGCCAGGUCCUAGUUGCUGUCGAACAUGUGACCAUGAAAGAUCAAACUGUUGUUGAAAAUCGGAUUCCAUGCAAAUUCUCACAACAUUAUCAUCAAUCAUUCGAUGAAUCGUUCACGACCACGCGAACUACUUCUUCACCAGACGGUCAGACAUUUUGUUUGUUGGAGGAAGUGGCAACAAACGUAAAUGAGAUGUGGUAA